UCUUCUCCUUGCCUUAACGUUUUGCUCUCAAGAUACUCAACUACGAAUGCGUUUCUUUGACAUUUCCAAGUUGCUUCUAAGACAAUACGCACGACGACUCUAAUCCAAGCGCGUUAAUUAAUAUCUUUAUUUAUUCGUUCGUUUAUUAAUUUUAUUAUCAGGAAAAAAGAAAAAAAAUACGAGCUUCUUAUACAUAUAUAUACAUAUAUAUAUAUAUAUAUAUAUAUAUAUGUUCGUAAAAAGUGAAAUCGUGAGGAAUAUUAUUCGUUUUUGUCUUUUUUUCCCUUUUUUCUUCUUCUUUUUUUUUUUUUUUUUUCUUAUUUUUGUUCGAAGAGAUAAUCACGAAAGGAUAAAGAAUAAAAGGAAAAAAAAAAAAUAGAAAGGAUCUUCUUCCAUCUUUACGAUCCUUAAAGAUGGAAUCCUGGACGGACAAUGUUAAUUCGAAUCAACGCUUAUCGGAUGAGAUUUUCGAAUCUUCUUACUUCGAUCGAGAAAACUUACGGCUUGGAACAAAUUGCGAAACGUUCUGGAAUCACAAGUACUGGAACAGAUCUUCCAGUUCCUCGAGCAUUGUUAGCACCUCAAGAGAAAUGGGUCAACUUCUUGCUCCGUAUAAUGCCACUGGCAGUUACUCACAGAACACGGAUGCCAGUCAGAAUUAUCGUCUUUACAGGUGGGGUCAAUAUUAUCAACGAAGUGAUCGAGACGACUCUAUGGCUGAUCCCUCUCGAGAUUUUUUUGGCGAGAAACACACCGACAGUCAAGUGACUACCACGGCCACGGUCAUUCGUACGGGUGAAAUUUUACACUUUCAAAGUAAUUUACAAAAUAACCUUGUCGACUCUGAACGACGAGACACAAAGUUUCAAACUUGGCCGACGGCUCAAUCUCAACUCGAUCUUCCUAACUUUUCUUGCGACGAAGAACCUUCUUCGGUUGAUCACGAAAAGAUAAGAAAAUUAAAUAACAAUACAGUCGAUAAACCGCGCAAAGAAAGGACAGCCUUUACGAAGCAACAGGUCCGUCAUUUGGAAUGCGAAUUUGCGCACAGCAAUUAUCUGACGCGUUUGCGCCGAUACGAGAUCGCUGUUGCAUUGGAUUUAACCGAACGUCAAGUCAAAGUAUGGUUUCAAAAUAGACGCAUGAAGUGGAAGAGAACUAAAGGAAAUACAACCAAUCUACGAGAACGAAAUGCUGUAUCUUAAUACACUUGAUAUUCGAACAUAAACGUAAAUGUAUGUACAUAAUAGUUAAUAUUAAUUAUUUACUCGUACUAUGUUAUGUAAAAUCCUUUCAAAAUUUGUACAUUAUUUAGAACAAAUCGUUCAUUGACGCAAUUUAAAUAUUUUGAUUAUCAACUUGUUCCACUGGUGGAACAAAAAAAAAAAAAAAAGAAAAAAGAAAGAAAGAAAAAACGCUUAAUAAAAAUCACAUUAACGAGUUAGAAUAUUUAUUUUAUUUCGUUUCUUUCGCUUGCUCGUCAGGAAGAACGAUCGAAUUGAAUUUCAAAUUAAUACCAUUCUCUUUUAAUUUCUCCUCCAAUUUUGUCAGAUUUCUUAAACUCUUUUUUGUAUAUAGCUUGUGCUUAUCGUCACUUAUAAUAGAAUUUCUAAUAAUCGUUAUCUUUCUUCUAUUUAUUACUUUUGGAUACCUCGUCUUCGUCCAACUUUUUCCAACGAAGAAUCCUAUGUGCUGUUUCUCUGGUGGUAUAUACGUGGCUACAAAUUGUCAUAUAAAAUAUAAUAAUCUUAAACUUUAAUUUGUUUUAAAUCAAUAUAAUACUGAAUAUAAUACCUUUCAAUAAUCUACCGCACAUUAAAUAAUUAUUCAUCGUUUCGGCUGCUAUCUUAGCAACAUCAGGAUAUUGAAAUUCGACGUAACCAUAAC